UCGGCCACUCUGACUCAGAAAAGAAAGAAAAAAUGCAAAAGCAAAAGCAAAAGCUAGCCUGCCAAUUCGAAACCAUCACACAAUAGCUAAACCUUUUUUUAGUGGCAGAGCUUAAGAAAAGAAAGAAAGAAAAAGAAAAGAAGCAGUGUGUAGCGAGAGAGAGAGAGAGAGAGAGAGACUCGCUCGAGCUCUCCAUCAAUAUCUGUUAAUUUAGCAUUUUUGGUUUUUGGAAUUUUUGAACACAGAGAGAAAUUCAAGGCUUUGGACUGAUACAAACCUCUGUUUCUCAAUCCUUUGCUGGUUUUCUUUUUGAAGUUCCCGUACAGGAUUUGUCUGCUGUAAGAUUAAGAUAGUUCCAUGUAAAGAUUCAUGAUUGUCUGGAAUGGAAAGGGCUACUGAAUCAAAGUUACUUCCUAGAAGGUUGCCUGCGUUGAGCUCAGUAUCAAAUACCCUUUCCGUCUUUGGGAGAGAAGCAGGUCUUGUGCCGAAUUUGCAAGCUGUGUUGGUUAGAGAUGAAACGGGUCGAGCCAAUUCCGGAAACUCACUGGACUUCGAGUUGACUGAACCUGUGAGGACAUGGAAAGGGAAAGAUUCUUUGCUUGAACACGAAGAAUUCAUGCCUGAUGUUAUUACUUGUAAGGGCAGCAGUGAUUCUUUGGAAAGCAGACCAAUUUCUUUUUCGGGAGCUAGUCACCCUCCUGAACCUGUUGACACAGAUCUGAUAAAACCUGUUUAUGUACCAAUUGGUCAGAAGAAGUCGGAUCCGGGGUGUUUGAUGAAGAGCAUGUCGGUGAAGGGACCUUUUCUAGAAGAUAUUUCAAUUAGAGUUCCACCUAAGAAACCAAGUACUGUUCCGUUGCCAGCAGAUGGUUUUGUUGAAGAACCCAACGAUCCUGGUGCAAUCUCUUCUCCGUUUUCAGUUCCACGGCCAUCACAAAAUAGGGAGAACUCUCUCCUUCCUCCAGAUUCAGAUGAAAAGGAAUGUGUUUGGGAUGCUUCUUUGCCUCCAAGUGGUAAUGUGAGUCCACAUAGCAGCAUUGACAGUACCAGGGUGGCGACUGCGAUGAGCAUUGUCAAUAGUUGUGCUAGUACAUAUAGGAGUGAUGCUGUUACUAGUGAUGGCAUGUUCAGCAUGGAUAGGAACUGCGAGAGUACAAAGGGAAGUGUUAGAGCAGAUUCACUUGAGAGCGCAAAGACUAGUGUUAGCCGAGCAAGUGAUAGCAGUGGCCUUAGCGAUGACAGUAACUGGAGUAACAUCACCGGCAGUGCUAAUAAACCUCAUAAAGGAAAUGAUCCUAGAUGGAAGGCCAUCCUUGCUAUUCGUGCUCGAGAUGGAAUAUUAGGAAUGAGUCAUUUUAGAUUGCUCAAACGUCUUGGUUGUGGUGACAUUGGCAGUGUUUAUCUCUCAGAGCUGAGUGGUACUGGAUGUUAUUUUGCGAUGAAAGUAAUGGACAAGGCAUCCCUUGCAAGUCGUAAGAAGUUGAGUAGGGCUCAAACAGAAAGGGAGAUUCUGCAGCUGCUAGACCAUCCAUUUCUACCUACUCUGUAUACACAUUUUGAAACUGACAGGUUCUCAUGUCUAGUCAUGGAGUAUUGUCCGGGGGGUGAUCUACACACUUUGAGGCAACGGCAACCUGGAAAGCAUUUCUCCGAGUAUGCUGCAAGAUUUUAUGCGGCAGAGGUUCUAUUAGCACUCGAGUAUCUCCACAUGCUUGGUGUUGUCUACAGGGAUUUGAAACCUGAAAAUGUUCUAGUUCGUGAUGAUGGCCACAUAAUGCUCUCGGACUUUGAUCUUUCCUUAAGAUGUGCCGUUUCUCCCACCCUGAUAAAAUCAUCAGCAUUUGAUUCCGAUCCUUCACGUGGAGCUGGUGGUGCAUUCUGUGUUCAGCCUGCCUGCAUUGAGCCUACAUCGGUUUGCAUCCAGCCUGCCUGCUUUCUACCACGGCUAUUCCCACAAAAGAACAAGAAGAAAAACCGGAAACCUCGAGUCGAGUUUGGGUUGCCUUCUAGUACCCUCCCGGAGCUUGUAGCAGAGCCUACUGCAGCGCGGUCUAUGUCCUUUGUUGGAACCCACGAAUACCUAGCCCCUGAAAUAAUUAAAGGAGAAGGCCAUGGGAGUGCUGUUGAUUGGUGGACCUUUGGAAUCUUCUUGCAUGAAUUGCUCUACGGCAAAACCCCCUUUAAAGGUUCAGGAAACCGUGCUACAUUGUUCAAUGUCGUGGGCCAACAGUUGAGAUUCCCUGAUUCGCCAGCAACAAGUUUUGCCAGCCGUGAUUUGAUCCGGGGCUUGCUGGUGAAGGAGCCACAGCACCGGCUAGGGGUGAAGAGGGGUGCAACCGAGAUAAAGCAACACCCUUUCUUUGAAGGUGUAAACUGGGCUCUAAUACGAUGCAGCACCCCACCCGAGGUGCCAAGACCCAUGGAGAGUGAGUUUCCUCCUGGGAUGCCCGUGAAACCUAGGCCGGUGGAGCCACUUGGUGUUGGUAGCAAAAGGAUAGUAGGGAUGGGCGCCGUGCCAGUGCCAGGGCCAGGGACAGACAUGAAAUCUGGGGGUAAAUAUCUGGACUUUGAGUUCUUCUAGUUUUGAUUUAGAGGAUGAUGUGUUGUAUUACU